AAGCAAUAGAAGUGAAAAACGCGUUUGGGUUUUGGAAAAUGUUUGUAAAAUGUCUGCGCGCUGUCGAACCUGUGGUAAGAUAAUUUUCUGCCUCAAUGCCAACAAUCUAUUCGAACAACCUGACAAAAUAAUGCUGCAUCAAAUAGAAGCGUUAACUGGACUCUUUCUAUUGGAGCAAACAGAAUUUCCUGCACAUAUCUGUGGACCAUGUGAAGUUGCGCUGCGUGAAGCGAUUAUAUUUCGUGAGCGAAUCAUCAGGACACAGCAGUUACUUUUAAGCAGCAACAGCGUCGCCGAAGCGCUCAAAGAAAUCGAUUUAGAUGAAGAGCACAAACUUAAUCUGGACGACAGUGUCAUACAAGAGGACGACGAGGAUGAUGAAGAAGAGGGUGAGGAACAAUGUAGUUCGUUUGACGAAAACACAGAAUACACAGAAGACUACUUGGAUCAGCCGAAGGAACAACUAGAAGAAGUGGCAACAGUUGUACAAACAACACACACUUCAGAGACUGAAAGUAUAGCGCCUGAAGAACGCAAGCCAGGCAAACAAACCGCUUCUAAACUCUAUGCCACUGUCAACUUUGCCAUCAAUUCGAGGAACACACCACGCAUCAACUGGAGUAAGCUCUCCGAGCACGAGAUUGUGGAGCUGAAGCGCGAGCGACGAAAGCGUGAUUGCAUCUGCGAACUGUGCGGCAGACAUUUCACCUGUCCAAGCAAUUUUAAAGUACAUCUGUUGCGCCACACAGGCGUGAAGAACUUUACUUGCAAGCAGUGUCCGUUGAAGUUUUAUACGCCGCAUUUGUUGCGUCGCCAUAUGUUGUCGCAUCUCUGCCAGAAACCGUAUCCAUGUCAGUACUGCGGUCAAACAUUUGCCGAUCACAGCGGACGCAUUCAACACGAGCGAAAUCGCCACACAAACUAUAAACCUUACAAGUGCACUAAAUGCGACAAAGCGUUCGCAGUCAGCAACAAGCUAAAGACGCACAUGCUCAGCCACUCUGGAGUACGAAGCUUUCACUGCGAGAUCUGCAAAGUUUCCUUUAUGCGACGCCCUCACUUAGCUGCCCAUUAUCGUUCAAAGGGUCACGAACAGAAUGCCCAAAACUUUGCUGCCGAGGAGACCAAUAAUGUGGAUAUCGACAAUGAGCUAGUAGAAUCUAUACCUUGUAACGUAUAGUUUCAUAUAUUUUAAGCUUACUUUAAGUGAACAGAGCAGAGUGUAAUUCGUUAAGAAUAAAAUACGUUUAUUUUAAAAGGCAAUUCACAGA